UGGGAAAACUGGAGCAGCUGGAGGUGGCAAAAGAGGGAGAUCCCUGGCCGUGCCAGUGUUAAAUAGCACAGGCCACACACCCUGAGCCAGCCGAUUGGCUGUCCAGGGGAUGAUGCGGCCGGGGAUUCCCUCAAUCACGCAGAGGCUGAGAGCCAGCCACCGCUCAUGUGGUGGGGGCAUGCAGCCCGCAACCCCACCUCCUCUUAAGGCAGAAGUGGCUUUUUAGCACAACUCAUUUAAAUUGGACCUACUUACUGAGAGGCAGACUAGAGGUGAGGCAGUGCCCUGUGCUUUAAACAUAAAAAUGCUCCAGUUGUGCUGAUGGCACUAUAUAACUGAUGAUAAAUUAGGGAACAAGUUUCAGCAUGGAGUGCUCCAAUCAGUCAGCCUCGCCAGCCUCCACCAUCUUCCAUUUCCUUCCUCCCACACCUAAUUUCCCACAGAUGUUGGAUAGUCUUUGAUAUGACUUUCUGACGUUGAUUUAACACCGAGCUUCCAAAACUUUGAUUUAUCUGAAGAAGCCAGGUAUCUGGGUUUGCUCGUUACACUUUCCAUCCUUCCUUCAAGGAGCUCAGAGUGGCAUACGUGGCAGCUUCCCAUUAUAGCUUUACAACCUCUCUUGGAGUUGGGCCGAGAGAAUGAUUUGCCUAAGGCUGCCCAGGAAACUUGAUGACAGGCUGACCAGAUGCAGUGCAAAGUAUCAUAUAGAAAUUGAAAAAGACAAAUGCCGCCUCUUGAACCAAAAGGAACCAAACAGAGAUGAUAAGUUUAAAUACCGUAUUUUUGGCUCUAUAAGACUCACUUUUUCCCUCCUAAAAAGUAAGGGGAAAUGUGUGUGUGUCUUAUGGAGCGAAUGCAGGCUGCGUAGCUAUCCCAGAAGCCAGAAGAGCAAGAGGGAUCGCUGCUUUCGCUGUGCAGUGAUCCCUCUUGCUGUUCUGGCUUCUGGGAUUCAGAAUAUUUUUUUCUUGUUUUCCUCCUCCAAAAACUAGGUGCGUCUUAUGGUCUGGUGCAUCUUAUAGAGCGAAAAAUACGGUACAUAGGUUUUGGUUCAGCCAAGUAUGUGUGGAAAGGCAACUGACCAUGCUUCAAUAGCACUGUAUUUUGUAGGGAGAAAUUUCUUGGUGUGUACACACAUUUAUCAGAAAAUUGGAGCUGGAAAGUUUUCUCUGUAAUCUGGUACUUUUUUAAAAAAAAAAAAAGCACCAAUAGAUCAUGCCUGUGACCAUUCCCAUAAAUUUCCUGCACUGAUGCGCAAGUGAGCUGCGUCUUGCAGUAUGUUAAGUGUAGAGCAAUAGGACAUUAAGGCACCCAUGCAGAUUAACCUUCAAAACGUACUAGCCACCAGAAAUGUUUAAUGGCCCACCUUUCCACAUGUACCAACACUAGUCCUUUUAGGGGCUGUAAACUCAUUUCCAGUUUACAACAGCUUCCUUUCAGGGUUGACAGGAUGCAAUUCUCACUUGCCAUAGAUGACCAAAUUGGUAGCUAUACACAAGCCUGCUCUCUUUAGUGAGACAAAUCUAUAGGGCCGGAGAGAGCAACUCUCUCUUCUUAGACCACAUAUUAAAAACCACCAGGCUUGUAGAAUGCAAUUAAUUUUCGUUCUGAUUUUGUUGAUGGAAAAACUUGUGUAUUGUGCAAAUCUUCCAAACCACACAAGAUUUCUAUCAACAAAAUAAACUUUAAAGAACUACAGCAGGUCCACGAAACCCCUGUGUUAACAGUGGCCAAAGCUCAGCAAAUAAAUUAAACAAGCAGAAUGUUUAAGAACAACUGAUGUGUGUGUUAAUUAAAUACUCCAUGGAAACCCUUUCUUUUCCAGAGUGACAGUGGCACAGUUAGGAAAUUUUAUACGAUGGGUUUAUUAGCCUUUAGGGCUCCUCCUCCUUAGAUGGUUAUAUAUAUAUAUAUAUAUAUAUAUAUAUAUAUAUAUAUAUAUAUAUAAAACUUCACUUGUUUCCAACUCUGGUCCAUUUCAGGGCCAUACUAUUGGGGCUGCUAUCUCGCCAACUUAAGUUCACACCAAAAGGUGAGGCAAAAUUGUACACUCCCCACCCUUGGAGCGCCUUGUUUUCACUAGGGGGCACCCAGAAAGCAACAACAAAAGUGGGGGGCAGGCUUGGUGCAGCCCAAAUGCAGCAACUCCUCCCCUUUGGCCCACCACAAUGCAGCUGCACUGGUUAUAUAUAGGUCCAUGGCUGAAAGUGUCCCUAACAAGCCCCAGGUAUCUUCCUGCAUCUCCUCCAAGUUCCACCAGGCUUGUUGCUUCCUGGCUAGUCCAAUGUGCAAUGCCAUCGGUGGCAAAUUGCUUGGACUCUGGAGGGAUGCUGCUUCUGCUGUUCCACAGCUCCCUUUGCCACUGUUUGGUAGUGGGGCAGGAGAGCUGGAAAUAAUGCCAAUGUAUUUCACACCUUUUGUUUUAGAUAGUACGCAGGUUGUUGUUGUUUAGUCGUUUAGUCGUGUCCGACUCUUCGUGACCCCAUGGACCAGAGCAUGCCAGGCACUCCUGUCUUCCACUGCCUCCCACAGUUUGGUCAAACUCAUGCUGGUAGCUUUGAGAACACUGUCCAACCAUCUCGUCCUCUGUCGUCCUCUUCUCCUUGUGCCCUCCAUCUUUCCCAACAUCAGGGUCAUUUCCAGGAGUCUUCUCUCAUGAGGUGGCCAAAGUAUUGGAGCCUCAGCUUCAGGAUCUGUCCUUCCAGUGAGCACUCAGAGCUGAUUUCCUUAAGAAUGGAGAGGUUUGAUCUUCUUGCAGUCCAUGGGACUCUCAGGAGUCUCCUCCAGCACCAUAAUUCAAAAGCAUCUAUUCUUCGGCGAUCAGCCUUCUUGAUGGUCCAGCUCUCACUUCCAUACAUCACUACUCAGAAAACCAUAGCUUAAACUAUACGGACCUUUGUUGGCAAGGUGAUGUCUCUGCUUUUUAAGAUGCUGUCUAGGUUUGUCAUUGCUUUUCUCCCAAGAAGCAGGCGUCUUUUAAUUUCGUGGCUGCUGUCACCAUCUGCAGUGAUCAUGGAGCCCAAGAAAGUAAAAUCUCUCACUGCCUCCAUUUCUUCCCUGAUAGACGAGUCUAAAAAGCAUGGGACACCAGUUUUCACAGCCCUCUAGCAGCUAUGUUGACUCAUUUACCAGAAGCAAUGUAUUUAGCGUUACCUCUGGAAGUGUAUACUCCUAGGAGGCUAAGUUUGGUCAGAAUCAAGUGUACACUUCCAGAAUUAACACUCAAUACAUUACUUCUGGUAAAUGAGCCAUCGUAGAGGGAUGUGAAAAUGUGUGUCCCGGGCUUUUUACACUCAUCUACCCAUGUACUAUCUGAAACCAAAGGGGCACAUUGGUUGCCAGAUGUGAAAUAUAUUGGCAUUAUUAUCAGCUCUCCUACGCCAUUAUGUGGCAGAUGGUGAGUUGCUGGGUUUGGGGAACAUGUGCCACUGCUGUCUGAUCCUUGGGAGGCAGGUAUACCUGGUGCUGAGAUUUUUUGGCUGUCGGGUACUUCUAAGCCUACAUCAGGCUGGCACUGGAAGCAAAAGGUGAGAGGUUUGUCUGGAGAAACCUGUCUCUUCCUAGCUGCUAUUUCAAGAGAGAUCAGGAGUGAUGGCCUUGUAGGCAAGUUACUAGUUCUAAUGCCUUUUUCUACACUGUCAGCCAGUUCCAUAAAUAACCCCUGUCAGCUUUCUUUUUAUAAACUUACUUAAAAAAAAAUUCAGAGGGAAAUGGGAACUGUAAGGAAGCUUCUAAUAAUGAAGAAAAAGCAUAUGUAUAUAUAUGGUGAUAGUUUUAAGAAAACACUAAACACUGGGGACAGAGCCAAUAAAACAAAUUAUGGCUUAGUGGAACAGAAUCUCUUGGCAUUCACCUUUUAGAGUAGGUAGACAUAAUUGCGUAUUGCAUACUGUUUAUUAUAUUUACUGUAUAUGGGCAUAAUUUAAUUAGUUGGCUUUUAAAAAACUACUUUUAGUUGUGUUUCUACAGUCCUUCUUAAUUUCUGCUUAUAUCUGCUUCCUGUUGCUAUGGUUGUGUUGUCUUAAGGAGUGUGUACAGGUGUGGUGCUGUGAAAAUGGUAGAGGCAGUUUUGCUGCUUUUGUAAAACAAGUGUGCUACUUCUGUUUUGAGGCAAGUUUUUGUUUUUGUUUAGGUUCCAUAACAUGGUAGAACUUAAAUAUCAAAAGAUCUGCCUAGAGGUGGUGUCUUGUGGCAUGAUGAAUUUACCAUUCUUCACAAUCUCCACCGCAAUUUUUCAACAUUGUACGUUUUAGGGGAAAGGAGGAACAUGGCUGAACACUUGAUUGAAUAGUUUGCCACACUAGAAUUAAAAAAAAAUAAAAAAUCUGACCAGCAGCCACUUGCUCAGGGUGUUGAGCUGUAUUUGUAAUUUCAUUAAAAAUGUAUUUCACAAAGAAUAGAUGGAGAAAGGAGGUGGUAGUUGACAAUUGACAGCUGGAAAUUGGCAGUUGGCAGUUGGUUGGUUUUUUCUGUUAGUUCUGUUUUGACUGAAGGUGAGAGGUGUGGAGACUUCGUGCAGACCCUGUCUGGAGGAGUUUGUAAAUAAUACUGUUGCCAACCUGACAAGUAAAAAUUAAAAAUAUUUUCAACAAUUUGCGUAAGAUAUACUUUUUUUUCAUCACAAAUAGCCAACAUGAGCUACUGUCAAGCAAUGUGGGACUGAAGCUGGGGACUGCAGGUAGCAAGUCCCUUAGAUUUGAGCAGCCAGGAUUGUGAGUUGAAGGAGGGAGCUAUGUCGUCGUUAUUAUUAUUAUUAUUAUUAUUAUUAUUAUUGUACCGCUCUUCAUCCUAAAAUCACAGGGUGGUUCACAGGAUAAAAGAACAAGGUAAAAUAACAAACAAAUACUCAAAAACCAAAACAAAACCCCAUAACCUGCCCUCCCACAAACACAUUUAAUAGCAUGUAGAAUAUUCAUCAGCCAAAGGCCUGGUUGAAGAGAAACAUUUUCGCCUGGCAGCGAAAGAUAUAGGAAGGCACUAGAUGAACCUCCCUGAGGAGAGCAUUCCGCAAACAGGGAGCCACUGCAAAAAAGGCCCCGUCUCAUGUUGCCACCCUCUGGACCUCUCAUGGAAGAGGCACCUGAAUGGUCUCAGAUUAUGAAUGCAGAGUCCGGGGCAGUUUAUAUGGGGAGAGACAGUCCUUGAGGUAUUGCAGUCCUGAGCCGUUUCCCAUCAAGUAACAGGCAGUAUUGGCCAAAAUCCUCCUGAUUUCAGAAGUCAGGUGACCUAGGAGAGCCAGCCCUAUAUACCUUUGCCAUCUAUAUAGCACCAACGUUUGCUGCACUUCUCAUUCAGGAUGAGUUGCUGGCUCUCCAUGUUACUAGAGUCUUCCUGUGCCUGGUUGUUGUUGUUUUCAUGACUUAGGUUUCUUGGCCUAUCCAUCUUCCCAGACGCCGCAAACACAGGAAUCAUGUCAGUGGCUUUGCCACCUCCAUCUCAGCUAUGGACUCUACUACUCUGGCAGGCCUCAUCUGCUUUGAAAGCCUGACUAGCUCACCAAAGCAACCCUGCCUGAAACAACAACAACAACAAUAAUUUAUUUAUAUCCUGCCCAUCUUGAAAAGUCAAGGUGGGCUCUGGGCAGCGUGUGUACAGCAGCCCUUUGAAAGGAGCAGAUGUGAAGCUAAGUGGGAAAAGAGAGAUCUACCUAGGUUCCUUCAUAGCCAGGCACAAUUAGGGCUGGAUUUCCCUCCCCCCAGCCCCCUGCGGUGGUGCUUUUAGCAGCGGCUUUGGCCUGUAGGAAUUAGCAAGUGAGAUUGUAAAAUCCCUCAUGCUGCAAAAAGCUUCACCUGCUGAUUCCUAAAGAUCAAGCCUUUCUAACAAAGAAACAAGAAGCGAUUCACCACGCUUUGGUCUGCAUGGAUCGGAGAUGGGUUAGGAGCAAUUUGGGGACAUGCACAGACUUUGUGUGAUGGGUUUCCCUACGUCCUCAAACUGCUGGCUGCUGGGAGGAUGCCGAGUGAAAAUAGGGUGCUGUGGGUGGCCCCCAACCCAAGCAGUGCAAUGCAAGGAGGCCGAUCUAAUCCCUCUCUCAACACUGUAUGGUCAGCCAUACGUUGAAUGCUGUAAUACAGUGGUACCUCAGGUUAAGUACUUAAUUUGUUCCAGAGGUCCGUCCUUAACCUGAAACUGUUCUUAACCUGAAGCACCACUUUAGCUAAUGGGGCUUCCUGCCGCCGUGCCGCCGGAGCACAAUUUCUUUUCUCAUCCUGAAGCAAAGUUCUUAUCCUGAAGCACCAUUUCUGGGUUAGCGGAGUCUGUAACCUGAAGCGUAUGUAACCUGAAGCGUAUGUAACCUGAGGUACCACUGUAUUAUGAAAGUGGUAGAGGGGAGGGGAUCAAAACUCUCUCGCUAGUGCUAUGUUGGCAGGUUCAGAACCAGCAAGCUGUGUUGCAUUGUUGUAGAGGCGGGAAAGAGAAUUUGGAGGUAGUUGUGCAGCAAACUGUUCAACCAGCUCCCAACCUGAGAGCAAUUUGGUGUGGAAGAGAGCUCUACCCACUCCUCUCCAUACAGGGGCAGAGUGUGAGGAAAGGGAAUCUUCUCUUUAAGGUCUAGUCUCUCUUCCCCUGCUUUCACCACCGCCAGAACUUUGAAACUGUUCUCUAAUGUUCUUCUUGUAUGGGAGCUGUUAUGUACUGAAGUUCUCACCCUGGGCCAGCAGGGGGAUACUGUAGAUAGUUAUGCAAAUAAGGGAUCGAAAGUGACGUUCAGUGAUUGGAUAGUUUUAGAAAAUUGUUACAGUUACGUUGUACUGGAGCUCUAUAUAAGCAGGCUGACUGAACCCUUCAGUUCAGUUCUGUUCUGGCCUGGGAAUAAGCAAGAGCUGUUUGAAGAAUCGCUGUGUCGUCUGAUAUGUUCACCCACAACUUAACAGGAGCAAUUUGAGCACAUACAGCCCUCAACAGGGGUGCAUUCUCUCUCAUCAGAAUAAUAUUUCCCCGCAUGCCUGACAAAUCCCCCAGCACGCAGAACAAAACCAAAAGCCUAGUAUGGAUCACUGUCCCACUGUUUGGCUGGCAUGCAUUCACCAGUUUGAAAUUGGUUCCUCCCACCCCUUUGGUUGCUUUUAUACAGUUUAUGUCAACCGACUCGUCCUGGAGUGAAGGUUGGUGUUGUGGUAGCAUCAUGGGGAGUUGCUCCCAUUUGGAUUUUGCAAAUCACAUUUCUGCAGCCUAAUGCUACCAGAACUUCCUACUGGAGCUUUGAAGGAUGUAGGUACAUUCGUGGGUAAGUGUAUGUCAUCCUACAAGGGGAGGAAUCUAUUUUUUUUCUAUGUGCCACCACCUCUUUGAAUCUCUGUGGAUGUUUUUGCUUCGGCUGCAAAGCACAGCAGCAGAAGGCCAGCAUAUUAUUUAAGUAGCUGGGCUCCUUCCCUUUGAGUAAAUCUGUCUGGGUGGGCUGCUGCCUGCUACUUCUGGCGGAAUCUGCUCCAGAUCCGCUUCAGCUCUCCUCCCAGAGGGAACAUUUACUAAUGGAUCAUUUCUCUGGCAGGGGUGGAGCUCCAUCUUGCCGUUUAAAACCCUCCUGGUUGACAGAUCUACCUGAUAAAUGGCUGCAGCAGAUCUGUCAGAGCUGGGCUCCGUUUCAAGCCGUAAAUGGGAGUCCUUCCCAGUUGGCAGGUCUGAUGGUCCCGUUAUGUGUGUGUUCUGGGGCUUUUGCCCAAUUUAAAGAAAUGGUGUAGCCUAGUGGCAAAGAGACUGGCCCUGCAAAUCAGAAGGUUGCUGGUUUGAAUCUCAUGUGUCUGCCAUGAACACACUAGGUGGCCUUGGGUGACUCACUCUCCCUGUCCCAGUUGGUAAUAUGGGAGAUAAUUAUACUUGUCGUACCUCACAGGAUGCUGUAAGAAUUACAUCUAGAUAAUGCAUGUGAAGGGUUUUGAGCACUGCAUAUCGCUAUGCAAAUGUUAUUAUUAAUUGAUUGAUUAGCUUAUUAAAGCUGCAUAUAUUUGCAUAUGAUUAAAACAAAGAUCAAGAAGCAAAAGGAAAACCCAGUAGGGUACUGCAUGUGUCAGACUUGGCACUGUGUAUGUAUGAGAGAGAAGAAGAUAGGAUGCUUCUUCUGAGAUGGUACCACCGUGCCAAGUUUGUUGUAAAAAUAUAAUUUAAUGCAUUUAAAAUUUAAAAAUCUGCCUCAUUUAUCACAUAGGUUUUUUUUAAUUUAUCAACAGGUUUCUUGAUGUUUAACUGGUUUGCUGUGUUGUUGUUGUUUUUAAAGUUGCAAUGCUAGUUUUAUGUGCCUCUAUAAACAGCCUCCUUGCCAUCAGAGUUUGGAGUGGGACACCGGUCAGCGACUCCAUCCUGGAUCUGAUGCCAGCGACACCAGCUUUUUCUCUUACGUGUCCUGCGGGAGACACUGGUGCAAAUGCACCCCGCCCUUCCUUGUUGCACCCAACUUUGGGUUUUACAUUUUCCAUUCUCACAAGCAGCCUAAUUGCAGAAGCUGCUUUCCCCGUGCGACUUUUAAAAUGUCAGUAAUCCUCUUCAAUUUUCCGAUUCCGCCCAGCUUCACUAAUGGCUGAUGCACUCAAUGAGUCAGGCGCUCUCUCCUAAUCAGUAGCAUCUAUGCGUGGUGGCAACCCGUACCGCUUGCUUCUGUGCAACAAUUCAGAGCCAACUUGAAAAUUAUCUAAAUAUUGUAAUUGCCUUUCUCCUAUAUUAAAAAAAUUAAUUAUUUGUCGUUUGGCAGGGUGCAGAUGCAUGUUGACUCUGAGAGUCCACGGCUAGCGUAUCUGACCAAUGAUGGCUUCAUCUUAUAUGAAGCAAAUGAGCUGAGUUAUUCCGUAUGUUGGAAGCCAGCUGGGUAAGACUCGAGUCAGAAAGGCAGGAUGCUCUUUGCCACUUGAGGCAAAACAGAUAAUACCUUCCCAUCCCCCACAGCCGCCGCCUCUUCUGCAACCCCCUGCCCCCAGUACUGAAGGCAGCAGGGGAGUAAAGUAAAGAAGUCUGGAGAGGAGCAAUCAACAAGCAUUGCACUCCUCAGAGGCUGGAUCUGCUGCCUGAGACAACUGCCUCACCUCGCCUCAUGGUCGGGCCCAGUGCUUUUUUUCAGCCGGAGCGCAGUUCCGGCACCUCUCAGGCGAGCGCCAUUGCAGGCCAACACUCCUCCCACCGCUUCUUGCCUUGACAUACUUCCGAGAAGCCCAAAGCAAACAUUUCAACUCAAAACCAGCCAGCAUAUGCGAAUCUACACUUAAAAAAAUAAUAAUCCAUGACUUCACCUAGCUUCUAGCUGCUGCUAGCCGCAAUUGGUCAAGCUACGAGGUGGGGCCAAUUCACAUUUCCUUCUCUCCCGUGUAGUAGCGGCAGGCUUUAAGAUUUCCACCCAGGCCUCUAACAUUUCACAUGUGUGCGUUUGCACGAGGGCCCUUCUGAGAUGCCCUAGCCAUCCACCUGACUCUAAGAGAACAUGGGAGGUGGGGUGCAUUUAUUUGACCUGCGCCAGAACCAGGAGCGACCCCCAAACCAAUUAGUGAGAGAGUUUGCUGUAGUUUUUAGCAGCUCUGUGGGUGGUGAAUGUGACUGUUGUCAGAUUGGCAUCCGUUCAGGGCUGCCCCAUGGUGAGUUCCAGCACCUACUUUUCUUUUUAAAAAGCACUGGGCGGGUCAGCCCUGUAGGUAAUGUGCAGAAUACUAAAGGUGCAAUAUCCUGUGAAGUUCUCCAGUAGUAAGGUAAAGGUAAAGGAACCCCUGACCAUUAGGUCCAGUCGUGACCGACUCUGGGGUUGCGGCGCUCAUCUUGCUUUAUUGGCUGAGGGAGCCGGUGUACAGCUUCCGGGUCAUGUGGCAAGCAUGACUAAGCCGCUUCUGGCGAACCAGAGCAGCACACAGAAACGCCGUUUACCUUCCCACUGGAGUGGUACCUAUUUAUCUACUUGCACUUUGACGUGCUUUCAAACUGCAAGGUGGGCAGGAGCAGGGACUGAGCAAUGGGAGCUCACCCCGUCGCGGGGAUUUGAACCGCCGACCUUCUGAUCAGCAAGUCCUAGGCUCUGUGGUUUAACCCACGGUACCACCCGCGUCCCAUUCUCCAGUAGUAGCCACAUGGUAAUCAAUGAGCAGUAGUAUGCUUUUGCACAACUCCCACCAGCUUUCAUAGGGAUUGCUCCAGAGAAGAUCCCUGGGCACUGAUCCCACCUCUGGGAGUUUCAUGAGCAUUAAAUGGGCACAUAGAUGCACUGCCCACCUGCAAAAGACAAGUCCAAGUACUUUGCUGGUCCAAAUGACUCUGGACUAUGAAGUGGCUGAAUAUGGAUGUGAGACCAGUAGCCCCUGAACUGCAGAGAGGUUUUGUUGCCUAGCUAUGGGAAAUAAGUUCCUGCUAUAAAACGAGAGAAGAGCAGCUGCAGGAAAGCCACAUUGCUGCCUUUUCCAUAGUGAUGGGCUCCAGGCCAGAUUCAAGGGGAACCCUGUUUUACCCGUAGGUGCCACACACUUCAAAGUCAAGAUUAUCCUGGUAUCUAUAGAGACCUCAUGCUCCUGUCCUGACUAUUCCCUGCUGAAUUCUACAUUUCCUAGUGUUUAAUAUCUGAUGCCAAUGGGCAACGCAGGAAGAACUCAGAUGUAAUCCUCUCCACAGGUUGCUAUACUUGUGUUUGCAGAAGCACAUUUUUGGAAUACUAUAUAAAAUACAGGAUUUGUAAGCAUCUGGGAGGGGGGAAAAUACUACAAUAUUUUUAGGUAAAGGUAAAGGAACCCCUGACCAUUAGGUCCAGUCGUGACCGACUCUGGGGUUGUGGCGCUCAUCUCGCUUUAUUGGCCGAGGGAGCCGGCAUACAGCUUCCGGGUCAUGUGGCCAGCAUGACUAAGCCGCUUCUGGCGAACCAGAGCAGCGCACGGAAAUGCCGUUUACCUUCCCGCCGGAGCAGUACCUAUUUAUCUACUUGUACUUUGACGUGCUUUCGAACUGCUAGGUUGGCAGGAGCAGGGACCGAGCAAUGGGAGCUCACCCCGUCGCGGGGAUUCGAACUGCCGACCUUCUGAUCGGCAAGUCCCAGGCUCUGUGGUUUAACCCACAGCGCCACCCGUGUCCCAACAAUUUUUUUAGCAGCCAACAAAUAAUACCAAGCCAGUCUAGUUACUCUCAUGCACUUAUACCCACCCUUUCUUCCAUCAUGGCUAUGUUCUGCCUGCACUGUUGGAGGCAGUGGACCUCUGGAUACUAGUUGCUGGAAAUCCUGAGAGGGGAAAAUGAUGUUGCACUCAAGUCCUGCUUGUGGUCUUCCCAUAGGCAUCUUGGUUGUGAGUCCUGGAAGACCUGCUCCGUGUCUUGCAGGCCUCUUUCCACCUGACCAGGGCGGGCGGGACCUGGACUGACUCCAUCUACAAAAGCGGAGGCUUCUGAACAGACACUUGGGCUGGGGUGUUGUUUAGGAGGUUUUGGUGUGGAGGUAUUAAUUUUUGUGUAUCCUUAUUUUAGAUGCUGUUGGGAUUUAUGUGGAAAUUGCUUCAACUUGGUUUCUUGUACUUCUUGAUGUUUUAUUUAUUGGUUAUGACUACUUUUGUUAUAUGGGACGCAGGUGGCGCUGUGGGUUAAACCACUGUUCUGCUUGGGCUUGCCGAUCGAAAGGUCGGCGGUUUGAAUCCCCGCGACGGGGUGCGCUCCCGUUGUUCGGUCCCAGCUCCUGCCAACCUAGCAGUUCGAAAGCACGCAGUGCAAGUAGAUAAAUAGGUACAGCUCCGGUGGGAAGGUAAACGGCAUUUCCAUGCACUGCUCUGGUUCGCCAGAAGCGGCUUAGUCAUGUUGGCCACAUGACCCGGAAAAACUGACUGCAGAAGCGGACAAACACUGGCUCCCUCGGCCUCUAAAGCGAGUUGAGCAACGCAACCCCAGAGUCGUUCGCGACUGGACUUAAUUGUCAGGGGUCCCUUUACCUUUACCUUACUUUUGUUAUGUUUGUAAUCAGGUAUUUUUCAUGUUGUAAGCUGCCUUGAGCAUGGUUUUAACAAUGCAAAGGCUGGAAAGGCGGCAUACAAAUAGAAUUAUAUGUGUAUCUUACAGGAUGCUGAACUAGAUGGGCCUUUGACCUGAUGCAACAAGAGGCUUUCUUAGGUCCUUAAGGUGGAAUACAUGUGAUUUCCAGGAGGUCUCCUGUGAAGGAUGCUGACCAGGACAAGACCUGCUUAGCUUCAGCAAGAUGAUGGCCUUGUGCCUUCCGUUCAGACCAUAUCUUGAGAGUUUAAAUGCUUUAGGUCGGACAACUGGUUUGCUAUACAAAGGCAACACACUUUUACUUGCAAUAUGGGCAAUGCACUUUUAUUUGAUUAUAGAGAAUGGCAAACGCUAAAGUCAUGUGGGCAGAAAAGCUGUGAUUAAUGCACAGGUAGAAAAUUAGGCUUAUAAAAAUGCACUUGAAAAUAUGAGCUAAUGGAUCAUUGCUGAGCAGGAAAGGGACUUACUUGGCUGGGGAAUAAAAAUAAAAUAUAACAUCUGUUGCCGCAAAUAUGAUGCACUCAGAGCAAUGAAAUAAAAUUAACAUUUUAGAAGGUAAAGUUCUUAGGGAUCUGGGUCACUUUUUCUUUCGAGCUAGUAAUGGGAAUCUCUGUGUCUAUAUUAUUGUCAUCAAGUCUCACAGGUGCUUUGUGUGACUAAAGUUUCUUUUGGUUUAUCAUCGUCUCUCACCUCAGGAUCAGAUGUUCUGCUUUCUCAGUUUCAAACCUUGUUUCAAGGCUACCUAUACAUGCAUCCUCAGUCUGAAUCAAAUGUGAUCUUUGAAUAGUUGGUCUCAUGGUCCCUCUUGCAGGCUUCUACAUUCCUCCUCACAGAUGAUAACUGGCUUUAUUGCACUCAAAGGAAUGAACACAAGACAACACGAUAUGUGCCAUUCAAGCUGUUUUUCUUUUAAAACCACCUCUCUUGUUUGAACUUCUUUUAGCCUUAAGAAUGAUGGUUAAGGAAUUAGAUAUUUGCAAAUUCCUAAAUGAAAUGACCUGAUCCACAUCUCUUGGACUAAUGUGCAGGUCAAAAUUUGUCUACCCUUCACAUUUCACACUCCUCCAAAAUCUUCUGGUGCAGUUCAGACAGACUCUUGAGUAAGCUUACCAGUCAUGGAAUAUGAGGAGAUCUCUUCAUGUGGAUAAGUAGCUGCUUAAGAAACAGGAAGCAGAGGUUAAGAAUAAAUGGACAGUUUUCUCAAUGGAAGAAUGUAGAAAGUUGAAUGCCCCAAGGAUCUGUAUUGCAUCCUAUUUUUGUUCUGUUAUUUUUCUGUUUAAUUAUUUUACAAAUUUAAAUUUAUCUUUGUUGUAGAUUCAGUAAGGAUUGCACAUAGUCUAUUUCUGUUUGGCAUUUGAUAUUUGAUAUUUAAGGGUGUGUGUACAGUCCUAUAUUAUUUGAGCAGUUGAGUGGCUGUGGAACAUGGCUCAGAAUACUACAUACAUAUCGGUUAAGCCAGUUUGUAGCUGAAGCUGCUUGUGAACUGUACUAGUUGACCAGCAUGUGGGGUACCACUAAUCCUUCUCCCUAGAAAUGUUUUGCAGCUCCCUUAAGAUGGAUUUUGCUUUAAUAACAACAAAAACAAGAACACAUUUGUGUUUAAUGUAUAUACAUUAGCGCUAUACUUAAAAAAAUAAAUAGGGUAAACAGCCAGCCGGAUGAAGGAGUGAGGAGCAGGAAAUAUGCUUGAUGGGGUCAGAAUUGCUAGUAAGGAGGACAUCUGUCAAACGCAUUUUGAAAGCUAAAGGAGCUGGGUUACCUUAUGAGAGGUAAAAAAAUAAAAAGCCCUCCACUAAAGGUCUGUCUGAACACAUCCUAUUUGAAGCUUGCCUUCAAGCAAUCCUGAAUAACCUAUGUUUUAUCAUCAGUCACAUUUAAUAAUCUGUAUUUUAAAACAGAAUUAAAUUUAUCGUAUUCCUUAUUUGAGCAAUUAUAUUGGUUGUUGAUAACCAAUAUUUGAACUUAAUAUUUAGAGUUUGUGCUGAUUUCAUUGCACCUGGAGCAAAGUUGUUUUACCUCUCCGCUUGACUAGUAUUCUGCAUUGAAAUACAUCCAUUGUCUUUAGUGGAUGGUGAGCCCGGGGAUUUUUUUAAUUUUUCUUUUUGAAAAAGAGCCUUUCCUGGCCCCCACAGGUAUUUCUCCCGUUGCUGCCCUGUAAGAUUGUAAAGUAAAUUUGUGGACUUUGAUUUGUUAACCAUAAAACAACUCCCCGUCCUCUCCUUAAUUUUAACAAGAGCGUGAGUUAUUGACCCAACGAAUGGCUUGUAUCAUUAUGGCUUGGAUAAAUGCAGUGGUUGUUCCAGUUUUGGAAUGAAAUCUGUAUGAUGGAAGCAGCAGCAAGCUCUGACGCAGUUUCUGUGCGAUUGCAGGAAACGAGGUGAUUGCUGUGGACUGGAAAGGACUAAAAGAUGUUGACCAGAUCAAUAUGGACAGCACCAGCUCACUCCAUGGCAGCAGCAUCCACCGGCCGUCCACCGAGGUAAGGAUCCAUUCCGUGUCCUCUUAAGAAGACAGAGUAUCAGGAUCAAGUUUGGAGAACAUAAAGUGACAGAAGGCAAUGUGCUUCUUUGUUUGCAUUAGAGAAUGAGUCCCAGAUGUAGUUAGUUUUAUUCAUUUUCUGCACAAUUGAAUUUUGAGUUGCAGCAGACUACUUGAUUAGAGCCAAAUGAGUUUGAUUCCAGGUACAUGAAACUUUGGGACAUCUCAGAUGUUCUCCAUGAAGUGGGUGUCUGGGACAGUCUAAACAAUUUGCCCAAUGGUCUGGAUGCGUGUUGACAAUACUGUGAUAUUCUCUAUACUGUGGGCCAGAUCAUUAUCUCCACUAUGACAGGUGGGACCACCCACCUGUAAUCAUCUGAUGUCGCAGUGAUGUUGGUUGCCCUGUUCUGCCUGCAUGGAUCUGAAAGAGCACUUUGCAGAGUGCUUCACGAGAUAGCCACUUUCAAAGUGCCACUGGUGGCUGCCCAGUGGGCGGCGUGACAGGGCCUUUUCAGUGGUGCUUCCCCAUUUGCAGAAUGCCCUGCCUCAUUAUGGACUUUUGGAAGGAAUUUAAAAACAUUCCUGUUAACAGAGGCAUCAGGUGGUUGAAAGCCACUGUUCCUGGCAACUCUGAGAUCUCUAGUUGAUAAUAUUUGCAAUGGUGUUUUUUUAAAGAAUGCUUGCAACUGUUAUUAGUUGUUGUUGUUGCUGUUGUUGUGUUUUUAAUGUUUUAUUAUGUUUUAUAAAUACCUUGUAUGGCACUUUAUAAGACCUGGCAGAGAUGUGUGCACAGCACUUCAUAUAGGGAUUUGCAGGCAUCACCUUUUGACUGAACCAGGUUAUUUACCUGAUGUCAUAGACAACUGAUGACAAGUUGCCAUGACUUAGCCAGCAUAAUUAGGUCUGGAAGUUGCCCAUCUUUGGUAUAGAGUCAGGGAUCUGAUAACCAAUUUUCAACAAAAAGAGGAGAAGCUUCCUUGGAUGGCUGCAGCUAUGCAAAAGGAUGCUACAGAAUGUAUAGCAUAUUCUUGCCUUGCUGUUGCCAGACAGAGAAGAAUCUCCUCUUUUUGCUCUAAAUUUGCUGUCAGAUAUCUGCCGUUUGAUUACCAGGCAGUGGUUUCUGUAGACGGUGUUAUUUUUGUUGUUUGUCAGCCGCUUCACCAUCUGUAAUUUUAUGCAUGUGAGUUAUCUAUGUAAUAAGCUUCAGUGAAUGCAAUCUGAUGAGACCUUUGGUCUUUUCAAAAGAUGAAUACUAUUUUUAUUCAAACAAGCCACUUUAGCUUUAUGAAUCUCUCACCAUUGCAAAAAGCAAUGAGGUUGAGAGUUUCAUUUCAGUACAUCUAUGCUAAGCUGUAGGGGAUGACUCCAGAAAUCCCUCUCUUUGUGCGAUGAUGGUUGGUGUCAGUGAGUUACCAGGAUGCCACCUAACCCGCUGGCACUAGAGAGGCUCAAGAGGGGACUCAUUCGGUGCCAUCUUGCUGAUCUUGUGAACUUUCCAUCUCAUUGUCCAUUGUUGGAGAGCAACUGCUGGACCAGACAGACCCUAGAUGUGAUCCAGCAUAGGUACUGUCUACUUUGACUGGCAGCACCUCCCAAAGUCUAUGUUUAAUAUUCAAGGCUUAUCUUUAGAAUAACUAGCGAGACAAGCUCCCUCCCUCAGCUAAGGAGAUCUGUGCAUGUAAGCAGGCCUGUGAGCACACAUCUACUGCCUGGAUUUGGAUAAAUUGGAUGUGCAUUCAGAGCCGCACUGUGCAUGAAUUUGAAUGGUGGGCACAUUUCCGUGUGCUUUCAAAUGUGCAUCCUCAUUCUCCUUUCCAUGCAACUAACUGUGCAUUACCGUCAUGUUUAUUCAUGACGAGCUGGAUUGUGAAUAGGGUGUGUGUCACAGUUUUUGCCUGCGAGUUUGUAAUUUGAAGAAAACGGGACAGAGCAUGAAAGAAACUGAAGAGGGGAAUUGAAGGGCUGAGCUGAGAUGGGGAGGGAAGAGAAACAGUUCAGUCAGGGCAGGGGUGGUUAGCUUGAGGCUCUCUAGGUGCCGCGGGACUACAACUCUCAUCAGACAGAGCCAGCAAAACCAAUCAUUGGAGUUGAUGGGAAUUACAUCCCAACAGCCCCUGCAAGGCCACCCUGAACUGGGGACAGAAGCAUGUGAGAAAAGCUAAAUUUUAAUGUGUGUAUAGCCAAUGCAGAACAUAUAUUUGCAGUGAAAGGGAAUUCUGAAAGUAAGAUGGCACAAUAGAAAAUGGAGGGCUAAAGGAAAGAACAAAAGGAAGACAGGGCUCAUGAAGAGAAGUUGGAAGCAGCAGAACCAAAGGAGCUUGAAUGAAUGUAGAAAAACAGGAAAAAAAUUGUGCAACAUGCAGGGGAGCAGAAGAAAGCCUCUAGCCUCAAGGUACAGAGAGCUCCAUAUUGUUGUAUAAAUCUAUAUGCACUUAAUCAUCCGUUACUGUUGUGAAUAAGCUUUUAAUCUUGCACAUUCAUCCCCUUUGAAUGUGCGUCUGCUGGUGUCAGAGAUCUAGUGUUCAGCCAUAAAAGACUGAAGGGGUUUGAUCGCCAUGGGAUUCCUAAUCCCAGAAGAGUUUUAUAUAUAUUUUCUGCAUGUCUGUGGUUCUCUCUCCCUUUCUCCCAGCCCACUUCUGUUCUUCUCUUUGUCUCUUCAUCUUUCUUAUUCUUUAUGUAGCACAUGAUGGCUGCACACGUACGGCUGUGGCCAUCAGGAGCAAAUUGGACAGGGAUGCUCUUCCAAGCAUGCACCCUUAAAGUGAAGGAGUAACACCCUUUUUCAAUAAGCAAUUAAGUAGUAGGUUGUUCAUAGUAACCAGUAGGAUCAGCUGGUAGAGGAAGUAAUGUAUGUUAUAUGCAGAGAGCUCACAUGUGACGUUAACUUGGCCUCUUCUUUCUCCGUAGCAAACACGGACAGAUUUCUCCUGGGAUGGCAUUAACGUGAGUACUGUCCCCAUUCCCUAAGACAGAGGUUGGCCCUCUGGGAAUUGCUCAACUACAUCUCCCAUCAUCCUUGAGCAUUGGCUGUGCUGACUAGGACUGAUAGGAGCUUCAGUCGAACCACAUCUGGAGGGCUCCAGCUUCCCCACUGUUGCCCUUAGAGAUUUUCUUGCAUAGACUCCAUGUGUCUGUGUGGGAGCCUAUCUUGCUACUGGUGGGUUUUGGAUUAUAUCUCAAGAUGGGUGUAUUGCUGCUUCCAGUCUGACCCAUAGUGAUUACAUGGGUGCCUGCUGAACAUUUAGGAACCGCAUCAAAUAAAAAUUGGCCCUCAGCGGGCAUGUGAAUGGCCCGCCACCUCUCCCUGCAGUCAUUCCAGUGAGGACUGGCACCUCCUUGCCACCCACUCCUGCUUUGCAUUAGUUACCCAGAGGCAGGGAAGCAGCAGCAGAGAUCUGUACUUUUGAAUUAGGUGGAUGGAUAAAUGAAUAUUUAUUUUGCUAAAUGUUUUAAUUAUGCUUUCCUGCGUUUAAGGAUUUCGGUUAUGGGGGCAUCUCUGCGGCACACAAGCACUAUAAUUUGAAACCACAAUUUGCCUACUUUUCUCUGUUCAGUAAUAGAAGUAGUGAUUUGCCUCAUACAUUUUAGUUUAACUCUUCAUAUUUCACUCUUUCUAAACAUAGGAGGCUCUCCCAUUUAUUUUGAAAUUUUGUCACUCUCCUUUACUCAGUUUGGACGUCAAGCCAGCUAUGGUUUGCACUACUUAUAGUUAUAUACUUAUAGGAAAGCCAUGGGCUUCUCCUUCAGAAAGGCAAACACAGAGUUAAAACUAUAGUUGCGUAGUGGUUAGAGUACUGCCCUGGGACUAGGGAGACCAAGAUCCACUCUGCCAUGAAGCUCACUGGGUGACCUUGAGCCAGUCACUGUCUCUUGACCUAACCCCUGUAGGGUUCCUGUGAGGAUAAAAUGUGGUGUCACCUUGAGCUGAUUUGAAGGAAAAGUGGGAUACCAAUGAAAUAAAUACAUAAAUAAUCCUCACAAGAACCCUGCGCAGUAGAUUUGACCAAGUGACUGGCCCAAACUCACACAGUGGCUAAAUGUUGAUCAGAAUCCUUGUACACGGAACUUACAUUCUUAGCUGUCUUAGCUAAUAGCUGCUGGUGAAUCUACCCUCUGUGAAUUUGUGCCUCUAACCCCUUUUAAAAACAACCCAAGCCAGAUACAAAUAGGAUGUGGGCAGGAAAUGCAAGUAAAGCUGAAAUAUACUCGGAGUCGAGAGUGGAUUUCAUGCUCUUUAUUCAGCUUGUAGUGGCGAGGAGGAAUGGAAGUUCCCCCAGAAUGUUUGCCUUAUAUACAUUAUUUACACAAUGGGCCUCACGUGAUUGGCUAAUUCCGGGAUUCUCCUGUAGGUCAAUCAGGUUGCGGAUUCCCUUCCACCUGGGGCUGGAUUGGGUGGCUCCUGUGGACCAAUCCGACUGCUGCCUUUUGGAUCCUAUUCAACUCAGUACAUAACAAAAGCUUUCCUUCAUUUUUUUUAAAUGAACAAAUCCCUUCCAUUUUUAUACAAGAAUAAUAAAUUCCUGCUGAAGUGAACUUUAUUAUGUUUGGCUUCUGUGAGGAGGAGGUAGCUUUAUUCUGUUGGGCAGAGCCUGGAGUUGCAGAGCUGGGAUGGCCUGGGGCUUAUUGCCACAUACACCUGUACACUUGCUCACCUAAGUUCAAUAGUUGCAAACAGCUUUGCUGGAUAGCAUGGCAAGCAUCCUCAAGAAUGGCCAAUUCAGACACCUAUUAGGCAAGGACAUGGGUACAAUGGUGUGAGUGAAGCAUGCUGGCAUGGCCUGAGACUCACCUGCCCGGUAUGGCUCACCCUUGUGAUUCAUUUUUUACUCCCUCUUUUUCACAAUGAGAUUUGUGCUUCUCUGAAGAGGCGCUAACCUUUCAACAAUUACUUUGUACAUCCCCUCCCCCCAGAUCCAGAGGGGUAGCUGGAUUAGUCACUUCCACAAAAGCUUCUGCCAUAGAAUACAUUUGUCAGAUCUUUUAAAUUGCCGCAAGACUCUGGGCUGUUUUUUAACACAAUGUUCUUCACCCCAGCCAUUAUUCUAGUCUUCUUCAUUAGCAAAGCCUCUUUAUUUAGGGAGGGAGGUGGAAAUAGAGAGAGAUUUUCUUUUGUACAGAUCAACUGAUUCACCAUCAACACAGUGCUUAAGGUUCUGGAAUGGUUUUGUUCAAGGGCAGGAAAGGAAAAGGUUCAAUUUUUUUUUUUACCUCAGCAUCACAUUCCCAUGGAGACAUCUCCAGGUGAUAGAAAUCCUUAUAUAGAAGGCUUUGACUACUCAGCAGAACUAUACUAUAAAUGCAGCCCCACAACUUCAAGAAUAAGAAGCAUGAAAGUGACCAUAUAGAUAAACACAAAGCAUCCCCUUUCAGGUUAUCUCCUUUCCCUUUGUAACAUUCAGUUCCAUUUGCCCCAUGGCCCAUGCCAAUUGCACUGAGUGUUGCUCCUCCAGUGAUAGCCAAUGUUUUGGGGGCAGAGGCAAGGAAACGAAGAGCACAGUGACGUCAGAAUGUUAAGUAAGUUAUGCCACAUGUUGCUGAACUUAACACAGGGCUACAGUUUUCAGCAGCAGUCCUCUGUUUAUUGUAAUUUUAAAGCCCUGCUCUAAACAUGGGGCAAACUGAAAUAAAAAGUAUGUGUGGCACCAGGGACACUGGCCUGGACACCUGCUUAGUUACAUUUUUUAAAAGACCUUUCUGACCUCCUUGCCUCAGUAAUAUCUUCAUCCAGUCAGUAUUAAACUUCUCCCAUUCUUCUCCUUUCGCUCCAGUGCUGUGUAUACAGAACAAUCUUACUUUAGGGUUGUUGUUGCUGCUGCUUGUUGUUAUCUUCAUCUUUUCAUAAAUACUUCACUUGAACAAAUUUCUGGCCAAAAAAGCACACCCGACUAGUCAUGAGAUACAUCUUAGCACACCAGGGCUGGCCCAAGACAGGAAUAUCCAAAAUGGCAUACACAAUCCAAUAAUUCCCUCCCAUGGGCAGUUCCUGACCAAGCCCCAUGCAGGUUUUCAGUCUAGUUACUAAUUUCCCCAUCUGUAUUUGUCCCUUCUCCUUUGGUUUCUUCUGCUUCCCAGUUCCUUGUGUUCUUAGAAGUCCAGACUGGAAUGUCUCCUUCCCUCCCCCUCUUACCUUUUCAUUCCUUUUACAUGAUCUCUCUUUGCAGCUCUCCAUGGAAGACACAACCUCCAUCCUCCCCAAGCUGAAGCGAAACUCCAAUGCAUAUGGGAUUGGAGCUCUGGCAAAGUCUUCCUUCUCUGGUGAGGAUCUCAAACCUGUGGCUCUCAAGCCAUCUAUCUCACUUUUCACCAAUCUUGGCUUUAUCUUGUGCAUUUAUAUGUAUAUGUAUAUCCCUUACUUUACACUGAACGACACAUACCCUUUUUAAACCUGAAGUGACUUCAUUACCCACUCAGAUUCCAGGCUUGUGUGUCAAUAUACUCACCAGUUCCAUUAAGACUUGCACUACUACUUCCCAUGACAAAUUUCCAUUGUGGAACAAGUAUGUCAGAAUGUGUAAAUAGUAGAACAUCUGUCCCCACCUCAGAAAGACAUUGUGACAACUCAAACGCCUUUAGUAGCAUAUGGCUUAAUUGCAUUUCAUAUGCAUGCAUUAGCAAAAGAAAUUGGAUACAGGCCACCAAGGACCCAUGGAGAUUUGUGAAAUGAUGUGUUUGCACAAAAUUUAUCUCCAAAAAUAUCCAAUUGCUUAUAUGUUGUCAACUAAUGGAGAGUGCUUAAAACAGGGGGAGGGGGCUGCUUUAUAUUUGCUUAUGUCUGCUUAAUGUUAUAUAAAAUCAGUAACCUUUUUUUAAAAAAAGAAGGAAAUUGACUAAAAUUGUUUUGAUGUGAAUGAUCUUUAGACUAUGGGGAAGUUGAGGUUUUGUUUAUUUGCUCAUUAGUGGGUCUGAGUAUUGCUUUGUUCACUAUUUGAGUAUUUUAAUGGAUUUUAUAUGAAAUACUAAUGUAUUACGGUAUAUAACUCCCCCCUCUUUCCCCCCCAUGGUAAUAUGUGUGGUAUACAUUUUUUCCCUUUUUUUGCUGUAAGUUGCUUGGAGAUCCUUGGGUAACAAGCAACUAAUAAUGAAAAUGAAAUAAAUAUCAGUGAUUACACUGUAGCCCCAAUAACCAGAUGCCCAGUCCAUUUCCCCCUUUGCUAUGAUAAAAGACUACAGUGUCCAUACUUUGUCAGAUUAAAACAUGGCAACUAAGUUCAUUAUGGGGCCCCACAUCUUAUGACUUUUAUGUGUUUCCUUACUUAGACCAGUAUAUAGAUAGAGUUUUGGAAGCAGGUAUGAAGGAGGAAUGGGAGAACUGGGUGAAAAUGAGCCCAUUCUAGGUUGACGAUCAAUGUCUCUGGAGCAGUAUAAUAGCCCCUUUUUGUUUUCCUAAUGUCUGGCGCCUUAGGGAUAUCCCGCAGCAUGAAGGAUCACGUCACCAAGCCCACGGCCAUGGGGUCGGGUCGCGUCGCACACAUGAUUGAGUGGCAAGGUUGGGGCAAUGGCAACACCCAGCAGCAGCAGCACACCCACGAAACGGUGCGCAAGGAUGCCGACGCUUACUCUGACCUGAGUGAUGGGGAGAAGGAGGCCCGAUUCCUUGCAGGUAGGUUGCUACUGUUUGGCCGUCCAUCAGUGGAUGUGGUGGAACAGGAGGGCACGGGAGUGGGAACAGUUCAACUGGACUGGAUUGGCUGAGCCACCUGGAUCCGUUUUCUCUGAAUGCAUCUUCUCUCUGGAUUGCAUAAACCUUAACCCACUUGAUGUCGUGGGUGCAGGGGAAACUUAGAAGGAAUGACCUUUUGAUCCCUUCCAGCUUUCUGGGAGCAAAGUGGAAGUAGCCCAAGAGGCAUUUCAAAGGAGAACACACAUGCUGAGGAAAUUGUUGUUGUUGUUAAAAUUAAUAUACUGCCCUUCAUCAACAGAUCUCAGGGAGGUUUACAGAAUAAAAUGAAAACAAGUAAAUAAUUAAACCAAAACAGCAAAGCAGUAACUCUUCUCACAGGCACUUUAAAAAGGCUAUAGGAUAUUAAUCAGCCACAGACCUGGUUGAAGAGGAACAUUUUUGCCUGGCAUCUAAAAAAUAUAAUGAAGGUGUCAGGAAAGACUCAGCGCACUUAUUGGGCCGGAUUUAACUCACCAUCCUCACCAGUGAAAGCUUGCAUGAGGACCGCCACUAACUCAAAAGGGCUCCCCAACCUCCUGUGCCCACGGUAUUGACUUAGGGGGUUAGGAGAGCCCCCUAGGGGGGAAGGAGAGGGGAGAUUGUUUCACCAAGCAAGCCAAAAUGCUUGUGCUGGUGGAGCGAUCGCCUUAGUGCUAUGCUGAAUUCCUCUAGUUAUCUGGCUGUGAGAUACACUGGGCACGUCCCAGUCCAAUUCCAUAUUGCUGGCCUGCCACUGGUGGCGGGGGGGCGGGGUAAGGGGAAUUCUCCGUGUAAUGACAUCAAGACAUGGGGUAAGUAUACUAUGCACUACAGAGCAGGGAGGAGGAAGCUCAGCACAAGGCUGCCGUUUGCCACUCUCUUCCCUGCAUUCCCUAUUAAGGUUCAGUUGCAACAGGAUGCUUACAAGGGUUACAUUUUGUCCACGGCCCUUUGCAGACAUGCUUAUGAGAAUUAGUGGGACCAGGGCAAUGGCAGCUAUUCUGGAUUGGGGUUCUGAACCCUUCAGAAAACCAAAUCCUGAUACUUGGGUUGGGAGCCUGGGCAAUUGCACGGAAGAUCAGGCUACUCCAUAUUGCUAAGUUAGGAUCCCAGCCAGAGUUUCUCAGGAACUGGCAUGGGCAAUGGGACCCAAGAGGCAGGAUCUGCGGCUAUUGGCUGGGGGAGAAGAAUGGGGCAAUUCCAUGUACCACUAUCCUUCUCUCUUCUCUGCUCAACACAGGGGUGAUGGAGCAGUUUGCUAUCUCAGAAGCCACCCUCAUGGCCUGGUCUUCCAUGGAUGGCGAGGAUAUGAGCGUCAAUUCUAACCAGGAGAACCAAGCUGGCAACUACAACGAGAACUACCAGGAGAUGAUGGAGAACCAGGGUGAGCAUUGGCUUUUCCUCCUGGAUUUGGUUGAAGUGAGCACAGGUCCACAGGGAAUUAUUCAGCAAAGCCAAUUGGCGUAGGCAGCUUGACUUUCCUGUGUUGGCUAAGGCUAUAUUGCAUUUUUUGGGGUGGGGAGGGAGAAGCCUUCAUUACCCAAACCUGCCCACUGUUGACACUUUCCUUUCUCAGUUCCUCUUAGGACAUCCAUCUGCCCCAUUCUAGCCAUUGCUAGUAUAGUAUCAUAGCUGAGAAGGGUGAACUGUGCUCUUAACAUCAGCAGUGAACAUAAUAGGUGGUCUUAAGGAAGCUGCUCUCCUCCAUCAGGCGCACAACCCUCCCUGCCCCCAUCUGCAAUUCGGGGUGGGUGGGGGUUAAUGAUAAGGACCUACAUUAUAUGGAUAUUGUAAGAAUUGUUGAAAUAUGCAUGCACACGAAAGCUCAUACCAAUAACUAACUUGGUUGGUCUCUAAGGUGUUACUGGAAGGAAUUUUUUAAUUUUGUUUUAGCAAUAAGCAUUCUGAGUUAAUUCUGAUAAAAUAACAGAAGCCUUCUCCACAAUAAGUCAAGGCAAGUCUUUCAUUGAAGCUGCCCCUGUUCUGUGGAACUACAUCCCCUCUGGAGAUACAAUAGACCAGUCGUUCCUAAUUGGUGGUCUACGAACCCCACGGGGUCUGCACUGCCUUUCAUAUCACUAAAACUAUGGUAGAGAUACCAAAAUUUUCAAAAGUACAGGGCCCAUGGCUAGGCUUUUGAAAAACCGGGAGUCUGCAGUACUUAGCAAAUUGGGAGCCACUGUGGUGCCUCUCUAUACUUCCCAGAAGGCACUUUUGUUUCCACAAGUUUUUCCACCAGAGUGAACAGGCCUCUCUGCCUUAUGUGUUUAUUCUGUACUGUUUUAAAACUUGCAUUUAAUUUGGUUAUUUUGCACCAUUUCGAAAGCUGCUUUUAGUUGUUUUUUACGUAAAGCACCUUGAGAUUCAAGUGGAUGGUGAUUUGUAUAUUAAUAACGUAUCUAAAUACUAAAGCACUAAAUAAAUGCUAGAUGUUUGUUUAUUUCUAUAUUUCUAUUUGUAAACCUCUUUCCCCCAACCCUUUCUGGGAUCUGUGGGUCUCAAUCCUCUCACUAAGGGGAAUUCUGGCCUAAACUUGUGGAAGGGGACUGUCUGAAGCAAUGACCCUUGGGCAUUUGGGGAGGCUCCUCACCCAUUUUAAAACCCUUUAAAGAGGCAUGGUAGCCUCCCCGGAAAAAAAGAGCUCUCUAUAAGAGUUAGAAGGUUAAUUUAAAAAAUGGUGGAAGGGUAGAGCUAACACAUUUGUUCCCAUUGCUCACACCCACACCCUGGGUGUUUUAUUAACCCUAUUUGUAACGUCCGGAGAUGGCUGGACUCUAAUUUCCUUUCUUCCAUUUUUUAAUUUUGUUUCUCUCUCCCCCUCCCCCACUCUUCCCUUCCCUGCAGAGCACCUGGCCCAGGCACAGUAUGACAGUUGGCCUCACUCCUACGUCUCGCAAGGCAUGUACUGCCUGGGUUCAUCCGACGCCUGGGAGACCAGCGACCAGUCACUCAUUGCGUCCCCAGCGACUGGCUCCUAUCAGGGCCAGAACUUUGAAGAGUCCCAGCCCAGCUUGCAGGAAAGCGUUCUGAUCCAGAACAACCUUAUCCAGCAGCAUCAGUUGUUGCAGCUACAGCAACAGCAACAACAGCAACUACAACAGCAGCAGCAGCAGCAACAACAACAACAACAACAACAGCCACAACAGCAGCAGCAGCAGCAGCAACAACAACAACUGCUUUCUAAUACCAGCCUUGUGGAUGUAUGGCCUGCUCAGACAGUUCCUAGUGGCGGCGGCAGCAGCACAGAUUCCAGCACCUUUGUGGGAAUCCACACAGAGGAGGAGGAAGGAAACCCCUUGCUGGAGAAGGCUCCCUUACUGAACAAGAAGCCCUCGCCCGAGGAGGACGAUGCUGUCUGCCGGGACCUGGAGUCCCUGUCCCCCCGCGAGGAGCCGGAGCCUGCUGCCCUCAGCCGCAAGGUCUCCGACGUUACCUCGUCCGGGGUGCAGUCUUUUGACGAAGAGGAAGGUGAAGCCAACAACUGAUGCUGCCAUGGAGGAACCCUUUGCUCUUAUGCAUGGGAAACACACGGGUGGGGUGGGGGAAAGUGAUAGGGAAACCCCCUCUCCAGCUCCUGAAGUCCCCAAGCGCACGAGCACACUUGUUUGUUUGUUUUUAGUUUCACGGCAAGGUAAGCUGAGGACCAAAAGUGCUGGGCAAUGCUAAGUCUCCCCCACCGACCCACCCCUUCCUCCUGCACAUGUUGGGCUGAGCCUUCAAGACCUACUGCCUUGGACACCCAAACACAGAGAGCUCAGGGAAUGCAAGACGGUGGCCUCCACUGGCUGUGUGGUGGAUACAGGUUGUGCUUUUAGCAGAGAUGUGGGUUUUUUUGAGGGGAGGCACACAUUCGUACUUAAUUCAGCGACACAGAAGAUGCUGCUACGAUGUGCUUUGGCUCUUGGGACUGGAGGGUCAUUGAGGAUACAGGCAAGAGUUUCAAACGGUGGCAUCAUGGAGAAGGAACAGCGAGGGCGUGCGGCUUUGUAGACAAAAAUGUACCGCAGCAAAAUUUGCAGCCCCAGGGCCCGUCCUAAAGUGAGGUGCUGCUUGGAGAGGCACUCUGGACUUGGGUCCGAGAAGAGAGUGAUGUGUGGAGUGAUGUGACUCUGUGGAUGUGCAGGCCAUGCACCAGAAUGAGGCUCUGUGGGUACCAACCAUCCUUUGAUGUGGACAGAGCUGCUCUAUGAGUCCAGCCCAAACCUCAUUCUCCAGCCCGUGUGCGUUGUUGGCCUCUUCAGAAACCUUCCUUAUUAACCCCCGUUACCUCUGCCUACCUACCUGGGAGCUGGAGAGAGGGGUUUCUCCCCCUAUUUAAUAUUGGAUACUGCAUGCAGGGUAGGGGAAGGGGGAGGGUGGGUCAUCUGCCAGUUUUCUAUUUUACGCAGCCAUGGAGUCCUCUCCUUCCAGCAGUCUGCAGGUGCAGAAACCAAUGGAAGCAAGCAUGCGCGGCUUCAGCACCACCCUUUCCCAGUUUCUGUUAGAACUUUUGUCGCUGUUCCCCUCUCCCUAAUCUUUUUGUAUUUCCAAGUAACAGUUUUUGAAGCAGAAGCUAACAGAGAGGGAAUAGCCUGGGUGCCACUUGGCGUGAGGUCAUAUUCCUUUCCUAGCACCGCCAGAUCUUCUGUAGUGCCAAAAUACUGAUGAAGCAGAGACUGGGAAAAGGGCAAUUUUCCUUUUUCCGUUGAAAUCUCUCUGUCUCCUUUUUAUGUUGACAAUGUAAAUAUUUCUCAGGCUUCAUCUUGAUUAGGAACGAAGAAAGGGUGAGUUGAGGGUUUUGCAGGGCAUUUUUUUUUUUUUGACCGGGAGUGAUUUUGUGAAUGAGAAGUCAUGGCUUAUGGGACAUACUUUUUAGUCUAAAGUCAAUCCUCAAUUGCUGCUUUGCUGCAAAAGACAAGAGGGGUAGUGUUUUAUCAGCAUAAAAACCACAUUUUUAUCCUCCUGCAAGUCUCCAGAAAAUUAUUUUUAAAAAAUGGAAGAAAAGGAUGGAGUGAACAGUUACAUUUUGCUGGGCAAAACCACACGUUUGUUAUUGAAGCGGUGGAAGCUUAUUUCUGAUGAGGAAAGUCUUGCCAAAGGUGACUGUAGGUUUAUCUGAUGAAGGGAAUCCUUCAGGAAACAGCCCUGUCUCUGCUCCUCUAGAGCCUGACCUGGUCUGAGGCUUGCCGCUAAUUACUUUCGGCAGACUACCGGUUGCAAGACCGAGGAGUGAACCAAGACGGAGGAGUGCUUCGCUUACCCAUCUGGGGCGCUUUGUGCAGAUAAAGAAGAUGAGUCUUCAGCCCAGAACACUCUGGUUUGCAUCCAUAAGUUGUGAGUAGAAGGUGAACGGGACGCUAUUGUUCAUUCACUUUUGAUGGAGAGACUAGUGGGAGGUUUUUCACUUCAUGGAUCUCAAAAGCUAAGAGGGCCCAGUCUUCCCUCUCCACUGCACUUUCCUUGAAAAAGCCUUCACGACCACGGACACGUGCUCAGGCAGAAGCAAGCGCAGCAGAUGCCUGAAUGAGAAGCCUCUUGGCAACCCUUCCCCACCUUCUCUCCUUUCCCUUCCUCUUCCUGGCUCCUCCAGUGGAGAGGCGGCUCGGAUUCUGAGCUCUGGGGAAUCCACCUCUCUCUUUUAAAAAUAUGUUUACAUGCUACAGUGCCAACCUCUGAGGGCUAAGAGGAUUGGAUACAGCACUGCUCUGAAUAUGAGGGCGAACCCUCGUGUUCCUGCAUUUAUCUUAAUUGCUGCGUUCUGGCUGGCUGUCAGUUUUUUUUGGGGGGGAGGGGGGAUUCUGCUGGUGAUGAUGUAGAAGCAAGAAAGUGCAGAGCGCAACUUCUCUGCAAGUGAAGAAUGGAUGGAAUUCCAGUUGCCCCAACAUUUUAGAGCCUUCAGGUUCUCCAGAAAGCUUUGAGAUGUCCUCAGUAUUGGGGUUGGGGCAGGGGGCAGUGAGUCAGGCAGCCUGCUACUUCUUUCCUCCAAACCAUUCUUGCUCCACGUGCCUAUCCAGGACCAGGACUCAACCUGGAUGUUUACGGUAAUUCUGUUUCAAUGUAAAUGUAUCCUGCUGUCAUCUUGGCACUCACCGGACUCGAGACAAGUGGUUCAUCUUGUCCAAACCCGUUCUUUUAUUGUCUGUCUUUUUUAAAAACAAAAAAUGCAAGCAACUUGUGUGCAUUUGGUAAUAUUAUGUGACACUAAUGUUUUGGGAGACGUAUAUUUCUUUUUUCCUCUGUCUGAGAUGUGGUGCAUAAAGAGAGCAGCUUUCCCCACCCUUGGGUCUCCCAGAUGUUGUUGGGCUACAACAUCUGUUGUCCUUUAACCAGCAUGGCCAGUGGUUAGAGAUAACGUGGGUUGUAGCCCGAGUGCGCUAACUCUAGGGGGCGGAGGUGUCGCUCAGCCCCUUGAAUAUUGAGGGAGGAGGCUGAAUCACUGAGCUGAGUGUGGCACAGCAUCAAAAGCAGGCUCCUCCAGAGUUUGAGAGAGGAGGAGCUGCGGCCAUUGAAGCUGUGCGGCGCUAGGCAAGGCGUGACAUCACAAGCAUGCGACACGCGAGUGAUGUCACAAAUGCGACGCGUCGCUGGGGCCCCCCAAUCUUCAGCCACAAGCGGCGCCUCUGUUGUAGUCUAACGACAUAUGGGGACAAAAGGUUUGGGAAGGCUGCUAUGGAGGGGCACAUGGCUUGGCAUCUAGCAAAGAAACAACAGGAGAUAGAGAAGGAGGCUAAUUUUGUGUUUUGGGGGAACCAUACUGAACAUUUCUGUAGAGUGGAAUAGAGAAUCACAACUCUGCUGUAGCAUUCUACAGCCUGCCACUAGAAAGUCCUACUCAAAAACAGAGACUCCAUUCUCUAUUAAACUGUACAAUUCCUGG